GUCCUCCCGGAGCCCUCCGUCCGUCCGUCCGUCCCCUCCCUCCCUCCGGCCAUGGCUCCGUCCCGCCUGAAGCUGGGGAUCCGCGCGGCGUACGGCGGGGCGGGCUGCCUGUCGGGCCUGGCCGCCUUCUUCGUCUGGACCUUCUGCUUCUCCCAGCCCGCCACCGCCGCCGCCGGGGGGCUCGCAGGCGUGCUGGCCCUGUGGACGCUGACCACCCACGUGAUGUACGCCCAGGACUACUGGCGUACCUGGCUGCGCGGCCUCCGCUGCUUCCUCCUGGCCGCCGUCCUCUUCGCCACCCUCUCCGCCACCGCCUUCUGCACCUUCCUCGUGCUAGCCAUCACCCGGCACCAGGCACUGACAGACCCCAACAGCUACUACCUCUCGGCCGUGUGGAGCUUCAUCGCGCUCAAGUGGGCCUUCCUGCUCGGCUUAUACUCCCACCGCUAUCGCGCGGACUUCGCCGACCUCAGCAUCCUCAGCGACUUCUGACCCCGCCGGCCCUCCGCCCUCCGGAGACCCAGCACGGCUAGCCCGGGUCGGGGGGCCGGCCCGGGCCUCCCCCCGCCUCGAGGAGCCCGGGAGGGAAGAUCCCCGAGGCUGCCCUCGGCCCCGACGAAGAUGGAGCCGGUUUGAACUCUUUUCGUAUGGAUCUAUUUUCAUAGCACAAGAUGCGGGACGUUUUUAACAGCGGGGGCUGGUUGGUGGCCGGAUCUGGAUAUCCCUCAGCCUUUCACAUCUACACGUACACGCCGCCAAGCUUCACUGAGGGGGGUGAAGGACUCUUGCUGAUGUCCCCACUAAAGAGUCAAAAAAACCCUUGGGUGGACCCCACCCCAGUCACAGGGUUCACGUUCCCCAAACCCACUGGUAUUCACGUGUGCACGCACACGUGAUACCCCCACGCACUCACACGCAGUCUACUAGGCCCACAGUGGUAUACUCACACCCACAUAACUCGCCGUGUCUCCCACCAGUCCUGCCCAGAUCCCCUUCCCCGAAAAUCCGGCACCCCCCCGCCAUCCGCAAAGCUGCGUUUUUAUUUCCCCCGGGACCGUUGGCUCCGCUGGGUGCCGGCCGUCCUCGCUCCGCUCAACUCCUCUCUCGAAACGCCGCUAGGUCUGCUCUCCCCGCUAACGCCGGGAUGGGGAUACUGCCCCUCUUCGACCUCGACUUCCCUUUUGGCUUGGGGGGCUGGCGGGAGCCGUGAGGAGCCCUGUCUUGGCUGUGGUGACCACCACCCCCCUACCCAAGAAAAGGAGGUGGUCUGCUUUUCCCACCCCCCCACCAGUCUGAUUGUCCCUUCUCUCUCCUCAGCGUCUAGACGUGCGUACCCUGGCCGGGGAAGGGGAUGAGGAUGGCUUCACCUCUGGCAUCUGCAGCGGAAGGGAAGACAAUGGAGUCUCAGGGCGGGUUAGAACGGCCGCCCUCCCACCGCUGCUUCGGCCAUGGGUCGUUCAGAUGAGCCCGGUGCUGGGCCCCAGAUGCAGUGGGGUCUGGGGCUGAAAGGAGAGUGGGGGUCAGGGGGAAGCUGCUAAUUUAACAGCAAGGAGGGAGUGGAGCCGGAGGAGGACCCAUCUCCUUCCUGCUCUUCUGUCCCGCCGCCCAGAGCUGAGACUGGGAUGGGAUCCCCACAGCACUUGACUGUCCCCCCCUUCCUGGAGCACGGGAAGGAGGGAUGGGGAGCAAAAAGUGUAAACACCUGCACCCGUUGGGCCUGGGGCCUUUUGUAGGCGAAGAGAGGACGCUCAGCUGGGCCCCUCUUCCCUCCUGGGUCUGUGAGAAAGACAAGCAAAGCCCAGGCCUUCCAGUCACCUGCCCACAGAUCCACAUAUGCUCCACGCUGUUUUAAAAGCAAAUAAACAUUUAUUGUUCCAA